UUUCUCACUAACCAUUCAUGGACCAUCUUCUUUAGUUCUUUGCAUCUUGAUGGCUUCUACAUAUACCCUCUAACCAACCUUAAACAUUAAACCUCAUUCGUACGACACAUAAAAUGUUUGGAUCUUUGUCAGAAGAAGUUGAAGUGAAGGUGUCAGCAGACAAAGCCUGGCAACUGUACGGUACGAUCAAACUUGGAGAAAUCGCCGCUAAACACACCCUUGAGCACAUCGACGUCAUUGAAGGCGAUGGUGGUGUUGGUACCAUCAUCAAGGUCACUUUCAAACCAGGGUCUCGGGUUUCAUAUUGCAAGGAAAAGUUCACGAUGAUCGACAAUGAUAAAAUGGUGAGAGAAGUGGAGAUCAUAGAAGGAGGAUAUCUAGAUUUUGGAUUUACGCUUUAUCGAAUUCGCAUUGAGGUGAAGGACAACCCGAACGAUGAAACGGGUUCAUCGUGUGUUGUGAAAAUGACAAUCGAGUACGAAGUUAAGGAAGAGGCUGCUGAUAACACAUCACUUGCCACCAUCGAGCCGUUUGUUGUUCUUAUGAAGUUCGCGAAUGAACAUCUCUUAAGUUCUACUUGAGUCAAAACAAUGUUUUAUUUAUCUAGUGUUAUUGAAGAAACACGGAACUAAUCUGGUGAUUAGUUUAGGAUUGUGGCUUGACAAAUAAGGUUAAUCUUCUUCGUCUCG